AUGGCGGCUACACAAGCUACAAACCCUUCGCAGUUGCUGCCACUCGGUGUGUAAAAUUCUUCUUUUUAUUGAGUUUCUGUUUUGAAUAAGUCAUUAUGAAACAUCGUGUGCACUGGUUAGAGUCUUAAAACCGUAGUGAAGAUAUUAUUUAUGCGUGUUUUGAGCUCGGUAAGGCUGUGUGGAUGAUGUCAGGUGCACACGCAUGUUGGUAAAAUCACAAUAUAGAUUCGUUUUGAGAUUAUCCUUUAAAUUUGAGUUAAUUUAUUUAGUAACUUAUGUGUUUUCCUCUUUUCAGAGCUUGUAGACAAAUGUAUCGGCUCCAGAAUUCACAUCGUCAUGAAGACAGACAAAGAAAUCGUCGGCACCUUGUUGGGGUUUGAUGACUUUGUCAGUAUCCUUUCAGGUUAAAAAAAACAAAAAACACUUCAAGUGUAAAUCCAUGUGUUUACUGUGAGAUUUAUAGUUUGAUCUGAAUCCUGUCCAAGUUUUCUCCUUUACUCAAAGUUUCAGACAUGGUCCUGGAGGAUGUGACAGAGUUGUAAGUGAAAAUUUCAACUGAAUAUUUCAUCUUUUUACUGGAUGAACUCAGUGUGUAUGUUUGUGUUUCAGUGAAAUCACUCCAGAGGGGAGGAGGAUUACUAAACUGGACCAGAUCCUCCUCAAUGGAAACAACAUCACCAUGGUGUGUGAAUACCCUGCCAGUCCCCUGCCUCCUUAAAGGGAUAUUUCAGCGUAAAAUUAAUUUAGGGUCAAACACAUUCAUCUCUCAAGGGGGUGUCUAACUCUGUGUUAUGGUGUGUUUGACCCUAAAUUAAUCUUAGGCCGGAAUAUCCCUUUAAGUUCACUGUAGUCUAGAAAAAAAAACCAUUUUUGACACUUUUUUAAAAAACCCAUGCACUCUGCUGAAAGUCUGUUUAUGUAAAUCUCUGUUUGUUACUAAAGUGGUCGUAUUUACAUUGUUUUUUGCAGCUCAUACCUGGAGGAGAAGGUCCUGAAGUAUGA